UUGACUUCGAACUUCAAACGGGUUUCCUUCUCGCUCGGUCCAUCCCCCGUCCGAUCCCUCGCCACUUCCCAUGGUGUUUAACUUGACUUUCGUCUUCGACGAUGAUUCCCUCAACACUAGCCCCGGCUCGCCGCCGGCCUUCUUGCCUUCGCCGUCGGUGGCUUCUCCUCCAGCUUGUAAUGGAUGCAUCGGCGUCAUCAGCAGAUUCGACGAGUUGCAACUUCGGGGUCGGCUCGAAGACAGAGGAGCUGCGGAGGAGAUGCGGGACGAGGAUUCCGGGGGAAGGAACGGUUUGGCAGGAAAAGCGAACCGAAUUGCAAAGAAGCAGGUCAAGGAAGUCAGCCUUUUAGUUAAGGCAGUUAAAGUUCUGGAUGCAAUAGGUGCUAGUAUGACAAACUUGAACAUGAACAACAGUUUCAUGUCAAGAAGAGCAGCAAAUGAGAAGAUUAUAGAAGUGUUGGCCUUUGAAGUUGGAAAUACUAUCACGAAGGGUGCCAACCUUAUGCAAUCCCUCGUGGAGCAAAACAUUGUAUCUUUGAAAGUAGAAGUGCUUCCAUCAGAAGGUGUGCAAUACCUAGUAUCAACGGAUAUGGAUGAACUACUGAGAAUUGCUGCCGCUGACCAGAGGAAAGAAUUGCAAUUGUUUACAAAAGAGGUGGUACGGUUAGGGAAUCUAUGUAAAGAUCAUCAAUUCCACCACUUGGACCUUUAUUUCGAUAAGAUGGAGUCGAGACCUGCAUCAGGGACACCAUUAAGGAAAGAUGCAUGGGCAGUAAUGCUGCCAUUAAUGAAUCUGGUUCGGCCUACAGCUGAGUUGUAUCACGAAUUACAUGCCUUGGACAGCUACGAACAAGAGUAUCAGCAUAAGCUGCAAGAACAUAUUAGCCUUGAUGCCAAAGAUAAAGACGAGAGCCUUCCAAUUCUGAGGUCGAAGCUAAGGAGUCAGAGGAGGCAUGUGAAAAGUUUGAAGAACAUAUCACUUUGGUCAAGGGCUUUGGACGGGGUGGUGGAGAAACUUGUGGAUAUUAUCCUUUGCCUACAAUAUGAAGUACUUAAAGCCUUUGGUAGUGCUGAUUUUGAAAGAGAAGCAGGAGGUUCUGCCAGCAGUGGUAGCAAAUUGGGAUCUUCUGGCAUGGCUUUGCACUAUGCAAUCAUUAUAACUCUUAUUGACAAUAUUGUGACUCAUUCGGGCUCUGUACCUCCAACAAUGACAAAUGCAUUGUACCAAAGUCUGCCACCAGGUAUAAAGUCAGCUCUGCGCUUUUGGCUGCGGCAAGGUCAGAUUCAGGAAGAGCCUACAAUUCUAAUUAUUAAAGCUCAAAUGGAGAAGACACUGUCGUGGCUUGCUCCAGUUGCUGCUAACACAAUCAAAGCACACUAUGGCUUUGCGAGACUGGGAGAAUGGCCAAGUAUGAGGUCCAGAGUGAAUCAGAGAUGCACUGUCAAGGAUGACUUUGUCAGAUUCAAUACUCUAUAUCACGCUGAUAAGGAGAAAACUGAUUCCUACAUCGUUGAACUGUUGUUCUGGCUUCACCAACUGGUCUGCAAAAGAAGGGCUAUAAACAAUGGAGUCACCUGUUCACUUGACUCGAUGGUUUCUUCUCUAAGCAACGAAGAGAUUAGAUUAUCUUCUCACAGUUUGCGUAAGGAUGUAGAUAAGAGGAAGCUGAUGCCAAGAACGAGAGAGACUCUUGAAUCUGAAACAGAAGGUCCCUGUUCAUGCUAUGACCAUCUACUGUGUACGGGUAUUUGUGAUUCUCCCACCAACAGAAGUCUGGGGGUUUCAGUUCCGAUUCUAAAGACAUUAUCUAUGGAUUUCGGCAUAGACAUGAUGACUGCGUUGGAUGUCAUUGAUGGCAUUACCGCCCCUUGAAGUAUUCUUGCAAUCACUAUGAGUUUGAUACAAUGAUAAGGGUACAUCUACCCUGGGACACUGGAGCUGCAAGUGAGAUAGAGGACUUUAAGACAUUGUUCGGCUACGUAGCAGAUGCCAGAACGAAAUAUCACAUAGCCUGUUAGUGCUGAUACAAUUAGAAGAGUAUCUAAGGUGCUGUCUUGCAAGACCAUGUGAAUACCCAUGUUGCAGCUGCUCAAAAGUGAAUUGAGUCUAAUUUGCAUAUUCAUGGACGACUGUCUAUUUCACUUUGCUUUUGCAGGUCGCCCGGUUUGGAGAAAGGGCAUGAUCAAGCUCAACCAUUUGGGUGAUGAUUGUUAGAAUGUACAUGUAAUGUCGAAUCUUGUUGUGAUCUGUAUAUAGUGGCCAUACGUAAUGGCUUCUACCGUGCCGUACUGUUCCCAUGCGCCUUGGAGAUACGAC